GUUGAGUGCGUACGGUCAAAUGUAAGAAGUGAAAAUGGAAGUGGAUGAAGCUGCUCCAAACAUCCUGGCUGGGAGUAAAGCGGGAUAUAUCUUGAGUAAUGUUGCCGAAGUCGUGGAGAGGAUUUUAACAUUUGUUCCAACUAAAACUCUCUUUAAAAUAGCAAGUGUUUGCAGACUAUGGAGGAACUGUGCACGGCGAGUCUUGAGGACACAGCAGAGACUGACCUGGCUCUCAGCCUCUGGCUCAUCCAUAUAUGAGGAGCAUGUUUUACUUAGAACAAUGGCAGAAGACUUGGAGAAUAUCUAUCUACUGCCCCAGACAGCUCUGUUAAUGGUAGAUGGGGAAAACUUUAAUAAGAGUGUUAGUUUCAGACACAAAAAGGCCAGGAAGUGUGAGAAUGAAAUUGUGUCAGAUCCUGGUGAAAAGUUAAAACGCUUGUUGCCUAGCAGUUGUGACAUAGUAGGCCUUCUUGCACCAGGAAUUGUGGUGACCCCUAGUGGUUCACCUAGCAGCCCACCGCAGGAGCAUGAGGAAGGGGAAGCUGGUUUCAGUCUGCUUUUCCCUGCGAUAGAUGGGGUCAGCAUUCGCCCUUUUCACUUCUGCAAGAAGUGCCUUAGUGAAAUGGCAAUGGAGGAAGCAGGGUUGAUAAAUAACCCCGAUCUAAAGGUGGUGCUGAUGUUUGACUAUGAAACCUAUAAACCUGGAGGUGGGCGCUUUCUUAACACGCUACUGGAACCCCUUUCCCAAAGUAAUGUACUUAUUGUUGGAGGACAAGUGGAAAAAGUGUUUUCCAGUGAUGCAACCUGCUGUUCUCCAGGUUCUUAUGGAGCAGUGGGACUGACCUUCAGUGGCUCUAAGAUCCAGGGUGCCUCAGUACUGGUGGAGCAGUAUGUAAGCAGCCCCAAAGCAGCCGAAGCAACUAUCCAGCGCCUGAAGGCUGCCAAUAUCCCAGAGAGAAACACCAUUGGCUUUAUGUUUGCCUGUGUGGGACGUGGCCGCAACAGCUAUAAAAACCAGCUUAAUGUGGAGGCUGACGCUUUCCGCAAGGUCUUUUCCAACGUUCCACUCUUAGGAUUUUUCGGAAACGGAGAGAUCGGCUGCGACCGUAUCGUCAAAGAGAACUACACGUUGAGUGAGACUGAAGUUGAUGGACUGCAGCACUCUUUUACUACAGUCAUGAGUCUGGUGCAUUUUGGCUGACGUGAACGGAUUGUGAUGCAAUGCAGAUGAUGGUUUCCUUUGUGUUUCAGGGCAGACUUUGAGUACAGAAGGUCUGUUAAUUGGGUCCAAUUCUUCCAGGUUUUAUGCCUUGACGGUUUCUUACGAGAUGUCAGAGGGAUAUUUUGCUGUUUAUUUACAUGACAUGCACAAGCUGUAUAAUUAGAGAUGCCAUUUAUGUAAAAUUGAGUAAGGUCAUUGCAGUUUCGGCAUGAAAAAAAAUUGAGCUUCGGAACCAAAAAGUCUUGUUCGUAGGUGUUAUUUGUAUAGAACGCUCGUUUUCCUCUGACAUUUUUUCUUUGUACUCAUCACUGUUCAUGUACAGCAGAAUUGAAAUGUUAACACGUCUGGAGAGUUUUUUUUGUCUGUAUGGCUCACUAAUGCCUUUAAAUAGAAAUUCUGGCACUUUUAGGAUGAAAAGUUAAAUGUGAUUGAAUGGCUAAUUAAGCAGUCAUUCAUAGACCUCUUUACUGAGGUUGGGACUUCCUGAAAUUCUACUGUUUUCACUUCUGGUCCUUUACUGCUAGAUAGAUUUUAUCUGCAUUAAUACUCAUUCCAAAUCGGUUUCAGGUUCAUUUCUUGUAUAUAUACAUGUAUUAGUAAGUCAUUGUCCUGUUAAACGUAGUCUGAGUUAUACAGACUGUUCAAAAUGGCAAAUGGAGGAUUCUGUAAGUGCUGUUAACCAUUUAAAAUCAACUUCAGCAGAAAUGUUAUGGAAGAUUAGCCUAGAAAUGUAACCAGGCUAAUGGAAGAUGGGUUUGCACUGAGAGUUUUAAAGACAGAAUGAAGAAAUUUCAGUCUAAUAUCUUCAUGUAGUAACUGUGUAAACAGCGUGAAAAAGCGCAGAAGAAAGAAACUUGUUUUAUUAAAUGUAUCUUCUGCACCCAGAACAAAAUACCCUCACUAAAACCCCUCCAAUUGUCAAUUGAUAAUUUUCCAUUGAUUAUUAAAAUGGAAAAAAAAUAUUGCUAUAAUAACAACCAGGUAAUAAUUCUUUAUUUCUGUGUUUAUCAUUUGAACAGUGGUUAGGAGAUAAACACUUCAUUAAAGCAUUAAACCUCUGUGCACUUACCUAACAUUCUCUUGAUUACAGAUUAGUAAAAUCUCUAAAGGCCACCUGCCUGAGAUGUUGAACAUGUUCAAGGUCAGUUUAGUUAGUUUCUUUUGCAAAUUUUUUAUUUUUCCUGUGUUGAUCAGAUAUUUAGUUUUUUAUUGUUCACUGUGAUUUGAGAGAGCUUUACUGCGGUCAUAUGGUUUGUUAUCUGUAUACUGUAAUAUAUCUCAUUUUUUACAUGUGCUGCACAUUUUUGAGUCAACCUGUUUUAUCUCCUGUCUUGAAUUAUGUGAUCAACUGUACAAAAUAAAAACAAUGAUGGUAUCUGUCAA